CACAGACCUCCAGAAGCCACAUGUCUCCAUGGAGGAGGAAGCUUCUUCCAUCCAGCAGCUCUACAACCAGAGGAGAAGGUCCAGUCAUGACCAGGAGGAAGCAGAACCUCAGUGGUCUGAAGAGGAACAGAUGGAACCAUAUCCUUCUCUGAUUGAAGAACAGGGGGAACCAGAACCUACACUGAUUAAAGAAGAAAAUGUGGGGCCAGAUUGUCCAAGGCUUCAACAUGAACAGCCAGAUCCAGAAAAUUUAGCAACUAGACAAGACCAGGAGGAUGUCUGCAGCAGUCAGGAGGGAGAGCAGCGUAUCCAGAAGCAGUCCGUUGCUCUAAUGGAGACCUUUACUCUUCAGGAACAUGGAGACCCAAAAAUUGAGCAGCUUUCCUUUCAUAUCACUCCUUUACUUCAGACCAAAGACCAAGAAGGAAGCAGCUCCACUGGGUCAGAGAGUCAGUCUCAUACUGACACAAAGAAAAUGUAUUUAAAAUGUGAUGUUUGUGGAAAGUCUUGGAAGAACAAGAGUCAAUUGGAAAAACAUUACAGAACCCACACUAGAGAGAAACCUUUUUCUUGUCAGACAUGCGGUAAAAGUUUCACUCAGCUGAGUCAUUUAAACAGUCACACAAGAACCCACACAGGUGAAAGACCCUUUUCUUGUCAGACAUGUGAAAAACGUUUCACUCAUUUGGGUGAUUUAAAUGUUCACAUGAGAACCCACACAGGUAAAAGACCUUUUUCUUGUCAGACAUGUGAAAAAAGUUUCACUCAACUGGGUGCUUUAAAAGCUCACACCAGGAGCCACACGGGGGAAAGGCCUUUUUCUUGUCAAACAUGUGGUAAAUGUUUCGCUCAAGUGGGCGCUUUAAAUGUUCAUAAGCGGACCCACACAGGUGAGACUCCUUUUACUUGUCAGAUAUGUGGAAAAAAAUUUACUCAGCUGGGUUCUUUAAAAGUUCACACCAGAGGCCACACAGGGGAGAAGCCUUUUUCUUGUCAAGUAUGUGGUAAAAGUUUCAAUCAAGGGGGGUGCUUUAAAUGCACACAAGAGAACUCACACAGGUGAGAGGCCUUUUUCUUGUCAGACAUGUGGAAAAAGUUUCACUCAAGUGGGUGCUUUAAAUGUUCACAGGAGACACCACACAUAGGAGAGACCUUUUUCAUGUGGAAUAUGUGGACAAUUCCACAUUGCAGGUCGCAAUUUGAAUAUUCACAUGAAACAAAGACAUAAAAGUAAGAGGUAA